AAAACCUACCCCUAUAACAAUUUUCCAGCACCUUCACACCCUGUAUGAUUUACGUAUUAACAUCAAAGAAUUUUGUUCAGUUUAAACAUCAGUCUCACAGAAUCCUAAUCUGAUAAGCAGGGGCUCGGCACGAUUAACUCAGUGUGUACGCAAACAUUUAGCGGAUCGAUUGUGUUCCUUAUAAAUAGUUAGUGAUAAGCAUGUGGGACAAAAUGUUCAUGUUAUUUCUGAUGGGUUUGUUUUACCUUUUUUGGAAAGUAACACAAAAGGAGCACAGCAAACAAAAGUUUCAUAUAAAAUUUUUACUAUUUUACAUUUAUUCGUCUGCGUGCGCUUUCUUCGUUUGGCCAUUCUUUCUUUUCAAUCCGAAGAGUGUACAUAAUGCGAGGUUCGGUGCUUGGUUAAUCAAGCCCAUCACAAGGUUCUACGAGAUUGAAUGGGAUCUGCGCAAUGGCAAGGUCUUGGCCGAAGACAGGGGCGCCGUCAUAGUCGCCAACCACCAGUCUAGUUUAGACAUUUUAGGAAUGUUCAACAUUUGGCACGUGGCGUACAAAAUGACAGCGAUAGCCAAAAGCGAGGUUUUCUACGUGUGGCCCUUCGGGUUGUCGGCGUACCUUGCUGGGGUUGUGUUCAUUAACAGGUCCGACGCCAAAAACGCCUACAAGAAGUUGGAGAUCACGUCGAAAGUGAUGGUGAAUGAAAAGACGAAGAUCUGGGUGUUCCCUGAAGGCACCAGAAACAAGGACUACACCAAGCUGCUGCCUUUCAAGAGGGGCGCGUUUGCCAUGGCUGUGGCGGCGCAAGUGCCCGUCAUUCCCGUGGUGUUCUCCCCAUACUACUUCAUCAAUAAAAACAAGUACAUCUUCGAUAAAGGUCAAGUGGUAGUCCAGUGCCUGGAUCCAAUAAGCACCGAGGGUUUGACCAGCGAAGAUGUGCCAGAUCUCAUCAACCGAGUCCAUGAAAACAUGUCAGCUGCUUACAGGGAAAUCGCCAAAGAAGUGAUAGACAAAUUGCCAGCCAAAUACCCUUUCACUUUAAAAGGAUAACUAAAAAUUAUGUUAAUUUUAAUUCUAGAUUAAUUUUAGUAUUAUUGGUUAGAUUUUUGAUCUCAUACGAAAAAAUCUAAUGGACGUAGAUUAUUCAAAAGUAGAUCUUUUUAUAUCUAAUUGAUCACAAAUUAUUAAACCACACUGUAGGUAAUGCAAUCAUGAUUAAAUAUGCUAACUUUGGAUCAAGUUGAAUAACUAUUCGUUAUGGUGAUAAUUCCGUCUGUGAAGACAGAUGAUUCUCUAUUUUAUUUUUAUUAUAUUGAUUUAAUUUAACCCUUUCAAUGAGGUUCAUUCGUUUCAGCCGAAUGACGUCCACAGCUGGACAAAGGCCCCCCAUGGAUUUCCAUAACGGCCGGUCCUGCGCCGCCCGCAUCCAGGCGCGGUCCGCACUUCCCGUGUUCAAUGUGGUUCAAAUCAGCGAAAAUAAUGCGAAAUCGCAUGUUUUGAAAAGAGGACAAAAAUACAAACACCAAAGAUAAUGUUAGUAGAGGCUUGAAAAACUUUUAUCUAUAACUCUAUCUUCUAUCUUAUCGUUACCUUGAAAUUGUACUGUAACUGACAUUAUUAUGUUAUAUUGAGGCAAGUUAACUGUUUUAUGUAAACUGUUAUUUUGGAAUGCGGGUAAAAGCCUAAACACUUUUUUUGUAAAUAACUGGUAGGUAACUAAGUAGGUAACUAGGUAUUUACUCAUAUAGGUAUUUAGCCUUUGAACACACAACGCCGUUGGAUAUUAUUUGUUAGUUUUUAAUUCUUAUUUCAAAAUAUUCAAAUAAUUGUUGGAAGCAAGUUAACAUGUUGUUGAUAUUACCACAAUAUUACCUUAUUUUAGUGACGGGCAUGCACCACAGUAUAUGCAUGCACUAUCAUGCCGAAAACCGUAAAUUGUAGGUAAGUAUUGUAAGUUACAUAUAAAAUAAAUAUACCUACCUAAGUAUAU